AGUGUAGGUUUUUUCUUUUGGCGCUCCCCCGCGCCAGCUCGAUCCAGGUUCUAGAUUCCGGAAAUCGUGCGAUAGAAUUUGGCGCUCGUCCUCUGCCGAUCGAGGUAACAGAAUUCCCCCUCUCCUCCGCCCUGAAAUAUUUUCUCGUUCCGAGCGCGGAAUUCCAGAAUGGGGCACUCUCCAUCGCCUCCGCCUCCUCUCGCGAGAAUCAAUGGCGAGGUCGCGGUAUCAGCAGCGGCAGCGGCCGAGGGAAUCGGGCCGGAAGUGUCUAGCAUCGAUCCAUCGUCCGAGGAAAUCAUCAUCGACGCCGCUGCGGUUGCCGAGGAAGGUGCUGCCAAUUCUUCUGCUCCAAAUUCUUCUUCUUCUUUGUGGUCAUCUUUGAUAUCUUCCACUCUUGGGGUUUUUGAUGCACGGGCAGGAGCCGCGAAGGCAAGGGACAAAGGAUUGAAUUCCUUGGCUGGGUCACUGCAAUGGACUGCUGCGGUGAGAAGGGCUGUUGGGCCCGUGAGACGAAUCCAGGAAUGCCUCAUGGGAAUGAGAGGCGGGAAUGGGAUCUCUUCGGGCAGCGCCAUUUGGCUGCUCGGGGCUUGCUACAGGAUGGGUGCUUCUUCGACCAGCAGCACGGAUGAAGAAGCCAAGGAAUCAACCUCGUCUUCUCCCGAGGCUGUUGCGGAUUUUUUGCUCGACUUUAGCUCGAGGAUCUGGAUUACUUACAGGCAAGGAUUUGAGGCUAUCGGUGAAUCGAAGUUCACGAGCGAUGUUGGAUGGGGGUGUAUGAUCAGGAGUGGACAGAUGCUCUUUGCUCAGGCUCUUGUUUGCCAUCGACUGGGACGAGGGUGGCGGCGAGGAGAGCAGCCUUAUGCUCGGGAGUACCUCGAAAUCUUGCACAGCUUCGUGGACUCUCCUUCUCCGGCGUGCCCGUUCUCUAUCCAUAACUUUAUCCGUGCGGGCAGUCCUUACGGCCUGGCUGCGGGGUCGUGGCUAGGCCCGUAUGCGCUGUGCCAUGCGAUCGAAGCUCUGGCUAGGAACGAUGGCCGCGGACGACAAGGAGAGGAUCAUCUGGCCGUGUACGUGGUUUCGGGUGAUGCACACGGAGAACGAGGUGGAGCUCCGGUUCUCUACAACGUCGACGUUGCUGGGAAGUGUCCAGUGUUGAUACUCGUCCCGCUUGUCCUGGGCCUGGACAAGAUCAAUCCUCGGUACCUGCCUUCUCUACGAGCGACGUUUGCUUUCCCACAAAGUGUUGGGAUUGCUGGUGGAAAGCCUGCUGCGUCUGUGUAUUUCGUUGGCGUCCAGGACGACCAGGCCUUGUACCUCGACCCGCAUGAGGUGCAAAAGGUGGUGAGCGUUUCAGGCGAGAGCUUGGAGUUUGAUUCGGCAUCGUACCAUUGCAGUGUGGUGAGGAAAAUGCCACUGGAUGCAAUCGAUCCUUCUCUAGCUCUGGGAUUCUACUGCCGGAACAGGGAGGAAUUGGAUGACUUGUGCGCGAGAGCUUCGGAGCUGGCGAGUCAAUCCAAUGGAGCGCCAAUGUUUACAGUAGCGGAAGGUUUUGGGAGGACGUUGGCGAAGGAGCAAGAGACGAGUGAAUCGACGAGCGAGUUGAGGCUGGACAAGCUGAAUCUGGGAAUGGAUUCCACGAGCGAGGAAGACUGGCAGAUUCUUUGAUUUGAUACGAUUUGAUGCACCAAGAGAAACGAAGCUUGAUGUUCGUUCGUGUACAGCGAUUCUUUUUCCUUUUAAUCACACAGCAGCAAUAACCUUUUGGUUC